CCACCACCCACAACUGCUGGAGCAGCUCGGAUCCACCACGUUCGCCCAGUAAUGUCGGGACCACCGUAUGAUAUCAUGAAUGAUGCACUGGUCUGAGGGGCCUGCACGGUCCUGAAUUCAAGCGAACAACUCUGGCGACCAGCUUCGAAAUGGGGGAGAUCCUCGGCUCGGCGAGCUUUCUGCAUCUCGGGGAUAUUGUCAGUCUCUAUGCCGAGGGCAACGUCUCCGGAUUUCUAUCCACUCUGGGAUUGGUGGACGACAGAUGCGUCGUAUGCCCGGAGGCCGGAGACUUAUCGAAUCCACCGAAAAAAUUCAGAGACUGCCUCUUCAAAAUAUGUCCCAUGAACCGGUAUUCCGCCCAGAAGCAGUUCUGGAAAGCAGCAAAACAGAGCGGAAGCUCAUCGACUGACGCCGUCCUAUUAAAACGACUUCAUCAUGCAGCUGAAAUUGAGAAGAAGCAGAAUGAAACGGAAAAUAAGAAGUUGCUGGGGAGUGUUGUCUCUUAUGGCAAUGUUGUCCAGCUGCUGCACCUCAAAUCAAACAAAUUCCUGACAGUGAACAAGAGAUUGCCGGCUUUGCUCGAGAAGAACGCGAUGAGGGUCUACCUGGACGCGAACGGCAAUGAGGGCUCCUGGCUGUACAUAAUGCCCUUCUACAAGCUGCGAAGCGACGGUGACAGCGUUGUAGUCGGUGACAAAGUGAUAAUGGAGCCUGUGAACGCAGGCAGACAGGGUCUCCACGUAGCAGCGAACUACGAGUUGAGUGACAAUCCGGGCUGCAAGGAGGUGAACGUCGUGAAUGCCUCGACCUCCUGGAAGGUGACGCUCUUCAUGGAGCACCGGGAGAACCAGGAGGAGAUUCUAAAAGGUGGUGACGUGGUGAGACUCUUCCACGCGGAGCAGGAGAAGUUCCUGACGAUGGACGAGUACAAGAAGAAGCAGCACGUCUUCCUGAGGACAACGGGACGAACUAGUGCCACUGCUGCCACCAGCAGCAAAGCCCUGUGGGAGGUGGAGGUGGUGCAGCACGAUCCCUGCAGGGGAGGCGCCGGCCACUGGAACUCCUUGUUCAGGUUCAAGCAUUUGGCCACCGGGCAGUAUCUAGCGGCUGAGAUCGACACGGACGAGCCGCGAGAGACAAUAAAAGGUAAGCGAGAGCCGCCAGGAGCCGUCUACCGGCUGGUGUCAGUCCCCCACAGCAACGAGAUAAGUUCCCUCUUCGAGCUGGACCCCACCACCCUGACGCGUGGCGACAGUCUGGUCCCGCAAUCAUCCUUCGUCCGCCUGCACCACAUCUGCACGAACACCUGGGUCCACUCGACAAGCGUCCCCAUAGACAAGGACGAUGAGAAGCCAGUGAUGUCGAAGGUCGGCUGUGCCAUCAACAAGGAGGACAAAGAGGCCUUCGCCCUGCGCUCAGUCUCCCCCGUCGAAGUCCGUGAUCUUGACUUCGCCAACGACGCGUGCAAAGUGCUGGCCGCGAUAAGUGGAAAAUUGGAGAGGGGAACAAUAUCCCACAAUGAGAGACGAGCAGUCACGAGUCUACUUCAGGACAUCGUUUAUUUCAUUGCGGGCCUGGAGAACGAGCAGAACAAGUCCGAGGCACUCGAACUGAUAGUGACAAAUGCAGUGAGAGACCGACAGAAAUUGCUGCGAGAGCAGUACAUUCUCGGGCAGUUGUUCAAAAUUCUCCAGGCGCCAUUCCUGGAGUCAGCAGCUGGGGAGGGGCCCUUCCUGCGGAUCGAGGAGCUCAACGACCCGAGGCAUGCCCCCUACAAGUACAUGUUCAGACUGUGCUACAGGAUCCUGCGACUCUCCCAGCAGGAUUACCGAAAGAACCAGGAGUACAUAGCAAAGCACUUUGCAUUCAUGCAGAAGCAGAUAGGCUACGACAUUCUCGCUGAGGACACAAUCACAGCUCUCCUGCACAACAACAGAAAGCUGCUGGAGAAGCACAUAACGGCUGCGGAGAUCGAGACUUUUGUGGGUCUAGUCAGGAAGAACAUGUUCAACUGGGAGUCUCGGUUUCUCGAUUAUCUGUCUGAUCUCUGCAUAUCGAAUAAGAAGGCCAUUGCGGUCACCCAGGAGCUCAUUUGCAAGAGUGUUCUCAGUGAGAAGAACAAGGACAUCUUGAUUGAGACGAGAAUGUUCAAGACUCAGGUGGAGGUUGAAGAGGAGAUGGAUGAGAGGCACGAGAAUGAGGAGGCGAGAAUAACAAUUUUAGAAGAGCUGGAGGUACUGCUCGUGUGGAACAAUGGGAAGAGAUCAAUGUCACUGGGGGAGCUGUCUAGGGGCGCGAAAAUGGGGAACAUCGAGGACGCUGCUAUUCUUGAUUACUACAGGCAUCAGUUGAAUUUAUUCAGCAAUAUGUGCUUGAACAGGCAGUAUCUGGCGCUCAAUAGUCUGUCACCGCAUUUGGGGAUUGAUUUGAUUUUAAAGUGCAUGGAGGACGAGACUGUUCCUUAUGAGUUGAGGGCCUCUUUCUGCAGGCUCAUGCUGCAUCUGCAUGUCGACAGGGAUCCCCAGGAGCAGGUGACGCCUGUCAAGUAUGCCAGGCUGUGGUCCGAGAUCCCUUCGCUUAUGAGCAUCAAUGAUUAUGACACUAAUAAGAUGCCGGAUGAGAAUAAGGAGGCUGUCAGGGCGAAGUUCAGUCAGACCAUUAUUUUUGUGGAGGACUAUUUGUGCAAUGUUGUGGCGAAAAUGUGGUCCUUCGGGGAUCAGGAGCAGAAUAAACUCACUUUUGAGGUGGUGAAAUUAGCACGUGAUUUAAUAUAUUUUGGAUUCUACAGCUUCAGUGACUUAUUGAGAUUAACAAGAACUCUAUUGAGUAUUCUGGAUUGCGUCUCUGAGAAUGAUUACACCGAUGGAAAGAUACCCACAGGUGAAAUUGAUUCUGAAAAGAGGGAGCCUGAGACAAAAGCCGAAGGUGGAGUUCUGCGAUGCAUCGGAGACAUGGGCGCAGUGAUGACAUCUCUGACCCUGGGGCCAGCAGGGCAGGUGAUAGCAGGGAGUUCCUCUCCCCGACCCAAGCCCUCCACCAAGAAGGAAUAUCCCCUAGUGAUGGACACAAAAUUAAAGAUAAUCGAAAUACUCCAGUUCAUUCUGGACGUGCGGUUGGACUACAGGAUCUCCUGUCUUCUGAGCAUCUUCAAGCAGGAAUUCGAUGAGAAUGAGAAGUCCUCGGGGGACGUCAAUCUCGGACAGAAGGGGAUUGAUCUCGAGUCGAUUGGGCACCAGGCGGAGGGGAUAUUCGGCAGCAGUGAUGAGUGCGUGGCUCUGGAUCUCGACGGCCAGGGUGGCAGAACGUUCCUGAGGGUUCUCCUCCACUUAGCGAUGCAUGACUAUCCUCCAUUGGUGUCAGGAGCCCUUCAUCUAUUAUUCAGACACUUCAGCCAGAGGCAAGAGGUGCUCCAGGCUUUCAAACAGGUUCAACUGCUGGUAUCAGACAGUGACGUCGAGUCCUACAAGCAAAUAAAAUCAGAUCUCGACGUGCUCCGCCAAUCAGUAGAAAAAUCCGAAUUAUGGGUGUACAAGUCAAAAUCCACGGAAGAGCACAGUGCAGGAAAGAAGAAGAAAAGUGCAAAGGACGACGAAGAGGACGCGGGCGCGACCCCGAGGAAGCCAGCCCCUCAAUUAUCCUCCUCCGACAAAAAGGGUUCAGCAAUCGACUUGGACGUGGGUCCCCCCCUGCACCCAGACCAGGCAGACGAGUACCGAAAAAUUCAGCAGAUCCUCAUCCGCAUGAACAAGCUCUGCAUUCAGAGCAUCCCAGGUGGUGGCGUGAAGCCUCGCAAACACGAGCAAAGGCUCCUGAGGAACGUGGGUGUCCACACAAUCGUCCUGGACCUCCUCCAAGUGCCCUUCGACGCCAAAGAGGACAUCAGGAUGAACGAGCUGAUGAGGCUGGCCCACGAUUUCCUCCAAAACUUCUGCCUCGGAAAUCAGCAGAACCAGAUUCUCCUCCACAAGCAGCUGGACCUCUUCCUGAACCCUGGGAUACGCGAGGCGCAGACAGUCUGCAGUAUCUUCCAGGACAACUCGACUCUCUGCAACGAAGUCAGUGCCAAAGUAAUCCAGCACUUCGUCCACUGCAUCGAGACCCAUGGAAAGCACGUGCAGUACCUGAAGUUCCUCCAGACAAUAGUUAAAGCUGAGAAUCAGUUUAUCAGAAAGUGCCAGGAGAUGGUGAUGCAGGAGCUGGUGCAAGCUGGGGAGGAUGUCCUUGUUUUUUACAACGACCGAGCGUCCUUCAAUCACUUCGUGGAGAUGAUGAGGUCGGAGAGGCUGAGGAUGGACGAGAGCAGUCCCCUGAAGUACCACGUGGAGCUGGUGAAGCUGUUGGCCUGCUGCACGAUGGGAAAGAACGUCAAUACAGAGAUUAAAUGCCACAGUCUGCUGCCACUGGACGACAUCGUCGCCAUGGUGUCCCAUCCCGACUGUCUCCCUGAAGUCAAGGAAGCUUAUAUCAAUUUUCUCAAUCAUUGCUAUAUCGACACAGAGGUGGAGAUGAAGGAGAUCUACACGUCCAACCACAUGUGGUCACUCUUCGAGAAGUCGUUUAUUGUUGAUAUGAGCCUCAUCGCCACUGCCACGCACGACAGGAAUCAUGCGGACGUGGCGCUUGAGAAUUAUGUCACCAAUUGUCUUAUGAACAUCAUCACCACUUUCUUCAGCAGCCCGUUCUCGGACCAGAGCACCACUGUUCAGAAACACCUGCACGAGGCCAGGCUGUUUUGGAAUCUGAAGGAGUGCGACAGGAUCAUCGACAUUGACCCUGACUCCACGAGACAGCCGAUUUUCGUUCAGCUGCUUCAUGCAGCCUUCGAGGUGUCGCAGUGCGCCUGGCUCAAUGCCGGGCAGAGAUUCAAUGUCGAGAAUUGUAUCAGGACAUUGUCUGAUGUUGCGAAGGGACGGGGCAUUGCAAUACCAACAGACCUGGAGUGUCAGGUGGCCACGAUGUUCAACAAAGCUGCCAUGCUCAGCAGGCAGACAACGAAGUGGCUGCAGGCAGCGAAGCAACCGAAGAUUGAACGAAGUCAGAGUCAGCAGUUGAUGCGGUUGGACAGAAGUAUAAUCGAGGGACUCCAGGACAUUGUUUCCCUCUUGGAAGAGCAAUUAAAGCCCCUCGUGCAGUCAGAGCUCUCGCUCCUCGUGGACAUCCUGUACCGCCCUGAAUUGCUCUUUCCCCUGGGCACCGACGCCCGAAAGAGAUGUGAGAAUGGCGGAUUCAUCAGAAGAUUAAUAAAACACACCGAGAAACUUCUCGAGGAAACUGAGGAGAAACUUUGCGUCAAAGUCCUGAGAACACUUCGUGAAAUGAUGGCUAUAGAUCCGGAAUACGGAGAGAAGGAAAUUGAGGAUGUCGUGGAAGCGGGAUUGGAUGCUGACAGGGGAAACGAUUUGGGGCAUGGAACUGAUACUAAUGAACAGUUACAAACUCAUCAAAUGACUCAACUGCAGCGGGGUGAGGCCCUGAGGAACAACCUGCUGAUCCGUUACUUCGGUAAAGCUUUCCUCCAGAAAGCCGAGCACGUGGACAUCGGGGUCCUCUCCUCGACCUCGAUAACCCACGGUCCAGGCGCGAAACUCCUGAGCCGAGCGGGGCGCACCCUGCACGAGGUCCAGAGCCACCUGGACCGCGAGGGUGCCUCCGACCUGGUGGUGGAGCUCGUGAUAAAGAGCGUCCACUCCCCCAGCAUCUUCGUCGAGGCAGUGGAGCUGGGCAUAGCCCUGCUGGAGGGUGGCAACCCGAUAAUCCAAAAGAGCGUGUACUCGAAGCUGAUGGGCGACGACUUGAGUCAGUCCUUCUUCAAGGUCUUCAACGAGAAGAUGAAGGACUCUCAGCAGGAGAUAAAGGCGACAGUGACGGUGAACACGUCUGACAUAGCGGCAAAAGCCCACGAGGACAAAGAGCAGAACAAAGAACUGGAGAAGAUCUCGAAGAAGCGUUUGUCAACGAAGCCCAACGGGAUCGUGUUAACCGAAGAACUCCGGGAGGAGCUGAACCAGGCGGCGGCAUCGACGGCGCAGGCCUACGCGAACGUCCGAACACUAGCCUCUGGGGAGGACAUAUCGAGCAACGCAGCCCUGGGUUACGCCCUGGAGGACAUGUUGGCCGAGAAAUUGGACAGACACAGGGGGAACGCGAGCUCCGAGCGUGACGAGGGCCUCCUGAGCGCCAAAGUCCUGGUGAUGCAGCCGAUCCUGCGAUUCCUGCAGCUCCUCUGCGAGAACCACAACCGAGACCUGCAGAACUACCUCCGCAACCAGAAUAACAAGACGAACUUCAAUCUAGUAUCCGAAACGCUCAUGUUUUUGGACUGCAUCUGCGGCUCUACGACCGGUGGUCUAGGCCUCCUGGGGCUGUACAUCAACGAGCACAACGUGGCUCUCAUUAAUCAGACGCUGGAGACCCUGACCGAGUACUGCCAGGGCCCCUGCCACGACAACCAGAACUGCAUAGCCACGCACGAGUCGAAUGGUCUCGACAUCAUCACCGCCCUGAUCCUGAACGACAUAAAUCCCCUCGGCAAAACGCGGAUGGAUCUGGUCCUGGAAUUGAAGAACAACGCGAGUAAAUUGCUGCUGGCGAUCAUGGAGAGCAGGGGGGACAGCGAGAAUGCCGAGAGAAUCCUCUACAACAUGAACCCGAAGCAGCUUGUAGACGUGGCCUGCAGGGCAUUCCACCAGGAGAGUCUGGACGACGAUCCCGACGCGGACGACGCCUCCACCGACGGGGACGAGGGGGUGUCGCCGAAGGAAGUGGGCCACAAUAUCUACAUCCUGUGCCACCAGCUGGCCCACCACAACAAGGAGCUGGCGACCAUGCUGAGGCCCUCAGAGUUGAACAACGCAGAUCCCAAGAUCAAUAAAGCCCUCAAGUACUACGCGACCCACACAGCGCAGAUCGAGAUAGUCCGGCACGACAGGACCCUCGAGCAAAUCGUCUUCCCCAUCCCCGAGAUUUGCGAGCUGAUAACCCUCGACACGAAGAUGAAGGUCCUGCACACGGCGGAACGCGACGAUCAGGGGUCCAAGGUGUCGGACUUCUUCGAGAGAACCGAGGACAUGUUCAAUGAGAUGAAGUGGCAGAAGAAGCUUCGAGGGCAGCCGAUGCUCUUCUGGAUGAGCAGCUACAUGUCCCUCUGGAGCAAUCUCCUCUUCAACUGCGCAGUGCUGAUCAAUCUCAUUGUAGCUUUCUUCUACCCCUUCGUCGACAAUGUGCCUAAGUUGAUAAUUCCACAGCUGUCGGGACUCAUCUGGACGGUGAUGCUGUCCUCGGGCGCAAUAGUCCUGACCCUCCCCAGAGUCACGGGGAUUCGAACCCUCGCGGCAUCCACAAUACUCAGACUGAUUUUCUCGAUCGGUCCUGAACCGACUCUGAUGCUCCUCGGGUUCACCACGAUCGUCUUCAAGAUUGUCCACAUGAUCAGCAUCAUCGGUAAUCAGGGAACCCUGACUAAGAGCGCCCAGCAGAUAAUAACGAACGUGGAGCUGUGGUACCACGCGGUGUACCUCAUGUUCUGCGUCCUCGGGAUAUGCAUGCAUCCGUUCUUCUAUUCCGUUCUGCUGUUCGACGUUGUCUACCGCGAGGAGACUCUCCUCAAUGUCAUCAGAUCGGUCACGAGGAAUGGGAGGUCUAUCAUACUGACGGCCGUUCUCGCACUCAUCCUCGUGUACAUGUUCUCGAUAAUUGGGUACAUGUUCUUCAAGGACGAUUUUCUAGUCAGCGUGGACGAGGAGAUAGUCUCCCAGGUCCAGGGUAAGGGCACCUGCGAGGCGGGUGAUAAUUGCGAGGCUACGGAGACGCUCUCGAGAUACGUCCAGGAGAUGAAGGAAUCCGCGGAGUUGGUGAGCGUCGGAGGGGAGAUGAAGGAGCGGGCAUGUGAUUCCUUAGUCAUGUGCAUUGUUACCACUCUGAAUCAGGGACUGAGGAAUGGAGGGGGCAUUGGAGAUGUCCUGAGGGCCCCCUCGAGCACUGAACCACUGUUCGUAGCCAGAGUUGUUUACGAUCUUCUGUUCUUCUUCGUUGUUAUCAUUAUUGUUCUCAAUCUUAUUUUUGGUGUGAUAAUCGAUACCUUUGCCGAUCUGAGGUCUGAGAAGCAGCAGAAGGAGCUGAUUCUCAAGAACACGUGCUUCAUUUGUGGACUUAAUAGAUCGGCAUUCGAUAAUAAAACUGUGUCAUUCGAGGAGCAUAUCAAACACGAGCACAAUAUGUGGCACUAUCUCUACUUCAUUGUUCUUGUUAAGGUGAAGGAUCCAACGGAAUUUACCGGUCCCGAGUCGUACGUGUACGCCAUGGUCAAGGAUCGCAAUCUCGACUGGUUUCCAAGGCUACGUGCUAAAUCACUGGCCGCUGAUGAGGGCGAGGGGGAGCAAGUGGAAUUGCGGAGUCUUCAGUCUCAGUUGGAGUCGACUCAGCUGUUGGUUAAGUGCCUGUCACAACAACUUACCGAACUUCGGGAUCAGAUGACGGAGCAACGUAAGCAGAAGCAGAGACUUGGACUCCUUAACUCAGCAUCUGCCUUCCUCCACAAUCCACCCUCGUAAACAAAAGAAAUGAUUAUAAAUAAGAGAUUAUUUGGGCUCAAUCUCAGUCUGACAAUGUGGGAUCAUUAUGCAUAAAAGAAUUUAUGAAGUAGCUAUCUCUCCAAUAAGUGUCUCGAAACGAUUCAUAUCAGCGGAUAGUAACAAUUGUUCGUCAUUAAUUUUUUUUUCAAUCGGAAACAUAUCUGUGGAGUUUCAACCCAUAUCGAUUUUUCUUAUUACCAUGAUUGUUGUCAAGUAGAAAGUCAAUGUACUCUGUGAACAAUACACUAUCCGAUUACAAGAGUUUUAGAAUUUCCAAUAGCGUCUCGAUUGUGUCAGUCAUAAUAACGUAAUAAUUAGGGAAUAUGAACGUUUUAUCGAUUGAAAGUGAUACGAUCAUAAUGAAAAUUAUGUAACAAAUGCUCAUUAAUUAGAGAUACUACUCUUCGAUGUAUUUUUUAUGGAAUUUCAUUGAUUUCAAUGUCGAAGGUAUUUUAGAAAAUAUCAUUCAAGGAGGAUUUACCAUUUUUUUAAAUGAAUUUAUUUACUAUGUGAUUUACUAGACAAUCAUUGGCAUAUCCUGUGCAAAGCACGAGGAAAUUGUUAGAUUAUUUCGGUUAUGAUAAAAUAGUUGUUGAUUAUUUGUUUGAGGAUGAAAACCAAAUCUGGGGAACAACUGGACGGGAGCAAAUGAAAUUACAAUGAUAAAGGAGGAUUUAAUGUCAUGCCAAUAUCCCAUCAAUGUUGUCUUAUACCUUUUGAGCUUUUUUUUUAUAUGUACAGUAUCCAGAGUUGUAUUAACGUCUUUCAUAAAAUAUAAUACAUGUUACUAGAGUGACACGAAAAAAUGGGAGAAAAUAUUUUAGGGAUCGGGGGAGAAUUUGUUGAAUAGAGAAGUGGAAUUUUACAAUCUCUCGUGGCUGUUGAGCCCUCUCAUUACGUAAAAUAAUAGUCAUCAGAUGUCAUAACGAUUUUGGGAAUGUAAAUAUAAAGUUAAGUUUGCUCUCGUUGAACUGUAAUUCUAUUAAUGUACAAUAUCAUUCGAUUUAUUUUUUACUUCCUGUAUUACGAAAUUGUGCCAAUUAUUUUCGAUAAUUUAAGAUCAAUUUUAAUAGUGUCAAUCUGCCAAUGUAGAUCAUUUUAUUUUCGCCAUCAAUACUACUUCAAUUGUCUCAGGAUUACAGCAGAAAUAAUAAUUAACACAAACGUGAAUAAAGAGUUCAAUUUUUAUUUGAUGUGUUAAUAAAGAUGUGUAAAAUACCUGUAAUGUGUUAUGUUUCAAUAAACAUGAAUUGUUUUAUAUUA